GGCGCCAGACCCCAGAGGAUGCUGCUGCGCACCUUGAAUUCUCGCAGGCACCUCUGACGUUUUCUCAGAACCGACUGGAACCCCUGGUCUGUGAAUGCCACAGCCCCACCUCCGUAGGAUGCCCACCUCCGAGAAGGCUCUGGGUCAGGCCAGGUCCUCCAGCCCGGGCAUGACCCCGAACACCUGCUGCUGCUCCCGGGGGGCUGUGCAGAGGCGGCUGCCCAUCCUGGCGUGGCUGCCCAGCUACUCCGUGCAGUGGCUGAAGAUGGACAUCAUCGCUGGACUCUCGGUCGGGCUAACAGUCAUCCCCCAGGCUCUGGCCUAUGCCGAAGUGGCUGGACUCCCACCCCAGUAUGGCCUGUACUCUGCCUUCAUGGGAUGCUUCGUGUAUUUCUUCCUGGGCACCUCCCGGGAUGUGACUCUGGGCCCCACGGCCAUCAUGUCCCUCCUGGUCUCCUUCUACACCUUCCAUGAGCCCGCCUAUGCUGUCCUGCUGGCCUUCCUGUCCGGCUGUAUCCAGUUGGUCAUGGGGUUCCUGCGUUUGGGGUUCCUGCUGGACUUCAUUUCCUGCCCUGUCAUUAAAGGCUUCACUUCUGCUGCUACUGUCACUAUUGGCUUCGGACAGAUCAAGAACCUCCUGGGACUGCAGAACAUCCCCAGGCAGUUUUUCCUGCAAGUGUAUCACACCUUCCUCAGCCUGGGAGAGACCAGGGUGGGUGACGCCGUGCUGGGGCUGGUGUGCAUGGUGCUGCUGCUGGUGCUGAAGCUCAUGCGGGACCACGUGCCUCCCUUGCACCCCGAGACGCCCCCCGGCGUGCGGCUCAGCCACGGGCUGGUUUGGGUUGCCACGACAGCCCGCAACGCCCUGGUGGUGUCCUUCUCGGCCCUGAUGGCCUACUCCUUCGAGGUGACCGGAUGCCAGCCUUUCGUCCUCACCGGGGAGACGGCCGAGGGGCUCCCUCCGGUCCGGACCCCUCCCUUCUCGGUGACCACCGCCAACGGGACGAUCUCCUUCACCCGGAUGGUGCAGGACAUGGGGGCGGGGCUGGCCGUGGUGCCCCUUAUGGGCCUCCUGGAGAGCAUCGCGGUGGCCAAGGCCUUCGCAUCUCAGAAUAACUACCGCGUGGACGCCAACCAGGAGCUGCUGGCCAUCGGCCUCACCAACGUGCUGGGCUCCUUCGUCUCGUCCUACCCGGUCACGGGCAGCUUUGGACGGACGGCUGUGAACGCCCAGUCGGGGGUGUGCACCCCAGCGGGGGGGCUGGUGACAGGAGCGCUGGUGUUGCUGUCCCUCAACUACCUGACCUCCCAGUUCUACUACAUCCCCAAGGCCGCGCUGGCCGCCGUCAUCAUCAUGGCUGUGGCCCCGCUGUUCGACGCCAAGAUCUUGCGGACGCUCUGGCGCGUUAAGAGGCUGGACCUGCUGCCCCUGUGCGUGACGUUCCUGUUGUGCUUCUGGGAGGUGCAGUACGGCAUCCUGGCCGGGGCGCUGUUGUCCGUGCUCAUGCUCCUGCACGCCGUGGCCAGGCCCCACACCCAGGUGUCCGAGGGGCCGGUCAUCGUCCUGCAGCCGGCCAGCGGCCUGCACUUCCCUGCGGUGGAGGCCCUGCGGGAGGCCAUCCUGAGCCGGGCCCUGGAAGCGUCGCCCCCGCGCUGCGUGGUCCUGGAGUGCACCCACGUCUGCAGCGUCGACUACACCGUGGUGCUGGGGCUCGGCGAGCUGCUGCGGGACUUCCACCGGCGGGGCGUCGGCAUGGUCUUCGCCGGCCUGCAGGUCCCCGUUCUCCGUGCCCUGCUGUCCGCCGACCUGAAGGGGUUCCAGUACUUCUCCACCGUGGAGGAAGCAGAGAAGUACCUGAGGCAGGAGCCAGGGACGCAGCCCUACAAUGUCAGCGAGGACUCCGUGCUGAGCCAAAAGGUCGCCUCUGUUGGAAGACCUAACGGAGCCCGCCGGGCCGUCUCAGAGCGCGGAGAGUGCCCCGAAGUUCACCCUCACCUGUGA